CGCCCGCGAAUCCGUCAGUCAGUCGUGCCGUUCACACCCGGUCGAGCCGUUCGUGCGUUGUUGUGCCGACGCCGCCGCAGCCGUCGUAUUCGUAUUUUCAUCGUCGGUUAUAACUAUCACGAUAAUUCUGAAUAUAAUUUUUUACGAAGAAAUGCGCCGAAAUUCUAACUGUUGAAUACGCCGAACCGUUCGCCGCGUGCCCGAUAUAAUAGAUAUUCCUCGCGAUUUUCGUCCAUCGAGUGUGCGGUCGAUUUUUUCCGAAUUUGAUACAUUUUUUCACACGUGUUUUCGACUUAAGUUCCGGAGACGUAGUAUAUAGUACAAUAUUUAAGUACGAAUAUUAUACUCUAUAAGUCUCGCGUAGACGAUAUCGUACUACAAUACACGCGUAAUAAUAAUAAAAUAUAUAUAUAGUUAGGUCGCCGUGUCGCUGGCGGUCGCGCGAGUGUGCAACAGUUUCCGAUCGCGUUUCCGCGCACCAUCGUGCAUAAAUACGUAUACCUAAUAUUGAAUAAAUUGAAGGUACACCUUCGAGUCCGUCGCUAAGCCGCCCACACCUCCGAGUCCGACAUGCGGAGGAUUUUGUUGGCGGUAUUCGUGUUGUCGGUGUACCGUCGGUGGGACGGAUGCGCCUACCCGACGUCUGCAGAGUCAGCCACAGACGGAGAAUGCCGGGUAGCCGUACAGCAGUUCCGGUCAGUCGGCCUAUACGACACACCGACGUCGCGGAUCGACCAAGGAGACAAUCUGAAAGUGUGUCAGUCGAAGAAGAGCUGUUGCAACGCCGCCACCGAGGCUCGGUUGAUAGACAUGGUGGACAGCGAAUACAAGAGACACCUGGCCGUGCAGGCGGGCUACGUUUAUGACCUGCUCAAUUCCACCGCCCAUCACUUGCAAGAACACAUGACGCACAUGAUCCGAAAGUCCAAAAGCAAAACAGUAAGGGUACUGGCGGACGUGUAUGCGAGCAUCGAAGGACCCGCCGUCGGUCCGUUGGACGCGUUCUACGGACGAUUAUCGCGGUACGUGCACGAGGAUCCGGAAACGACUCCUGCGUCGAGCUUGGAAGAUGCGGCUUCUCGGUUGUUCACUGACCUAUUUCCGAUCGUCUAUCGAACAGUGGCCGUGGCCGCCGACAGACCGGAUGGCGGCGCGUCCGAGUUCGACGAGGAUUAUGUUCAGUGUCUAGCCGGCAAAGCGUUAGACGUUAAACCGUUCGGCGACGUGCCGUACACACUAGCCAAGGACAUUUCCAGGACGUUUUCCGCCACCAACGUCCUCGUGCAUGCACUCAGAUACGGCGGUCAACUAGUGGACGAAGAGCACUCCCGGUCGUGGCUGGGUUACGGAAACAGGGAACAGUGUUCGGCGGCGCUUACAAAGAUGAGACAGUGUUCGUGGUGCGACGGCAAGGACGCGAAACCGUGUCACGGACUGUGCGUGAACGUGAUUCGCGGGUGUUUGGCCAGAGAGACGGCGCACCUGGACGCGCCGUGGACCGGAUACUACGAGGCCGUCGACCGGCUGGUGUCUGCCAUCAACAACGGGCAGUCGUCGGUGUGUCUGGAGGACCUGCUCAGAUCCCUGCACUCGAGGAUAUCCGAGGCCAUUAUGUACGCGAUGAACCACGCUUCCGAUAUACAAAACAACGUGAAAUACUUUUGCGGUCCGGCGAAAUGGAACCCUCGUGCUCCAGCUACAGUUUCAUCGGUCAAGACGCCGGAGAGUCAGGAAGUGUGGAACGUCGAGGAAGAGGACCUUAGCACAGCACUACUCACUUCCAAGCUGACCAAGUUUUCCGACCCAGAAACCUCAGUCAGAGUGCGGGGACUGUUCUCCGACAUGGCACAGUCAAUGUGCACAAACUACACGACUACGGAUUGCUGGAACGGCCGAACGGUGGGAGAGUAUACGGACAACGUCGUUGGGCCUUUGUUAAGCGCGCAAAUGUAUAACCCGGAAUUCGAUUGGACGUCUUCCAUCAACACACAAGACAAUAAAGUGGCGGAAGUCAUUGACAAGCUCAGGCACAUCAGACAAACGGUAUUGAACCAAUUGAGUACUAGCCCGCAAUCAGACUCAUUCAUGGCCGACGAGGCCGAAGGGUCUGGUGAAGGCAGUGGCGCUGGCAGGGGAGGUAACCCCGGCUGGGACGAUGACGACGACAACGUAGAUUACUCAUCCGGUGAAGGUUCCGGCGACAACCCUAUCACCACUCAGGUGCCUGGAGUCGACGAUCCGCAAUACAAAUCGACUAAUAAAUCGGUACCAAACUCGGGAUCGGAUGAAACGAUAAACUCCAACAAUCCGUCGGGCGCCGCUCCGUCAACACGACUACACGCACCCCUAUUGAUAACGGUGUGCUUGAUGGUCAUUCCUGUGUUGCAGCAGCUGCAGACGAGGAUAAAUUUUUAAAUGUACUUUUUAUUUUUAUUUUUUGUUUUCGUCGCGUUAAGUUAUUAUUAUAUUGUUGUUAAGUGAAACUUUGUUCUUGGAUUUACUCGGCUUUUCUUUAGGGUACCUUUUUAAAAAAUAUAUAUACAUCUAUAUUCUAUUUAUAUAUAUGUACAAUUUAUAACACUUCUGGACACAAAUCGUUUAAUUAUUUUAAACUUUUCUUUUUUUCCAAAAUGAGACUAUUUUUUAAUUUGUCAUCAUUAUUAUGUAUUUGUUUUUUUUUAUGUCCUUUAGACUGAUAAAAUUUAUAUUCAUAUGAUAUUAUAGUUAUGUGCAAAAUGUUUUCUGUAGCCUAUAUAUGUUUAUAUAUGUUAUUUGUCGAAAACCAAGCGCAUUAAUUUAUAAUAACAAUCGUUAAUAUAAUAUUAUAUAAUAUGUAUGUAUUAUAUAUAUAAUAUAUACCAUUAGACUUAAAUUAUACUAAUACGUAAUAACCCAAUUUUAAACUUUGUCUUUUAACGGUUUUUUCUCAAGCAAUAAUAAUACAUAAUAAUAAUUUAUAUUUUAAAAUAAUGUUAACUUACGAUAUAUAUAAAAAAAAAACCAAUGUAAAUAUUCGUUUAGUAUAGUUUUGAACACUUAUCCAUAAUAAUCUAUAUAUAUUAUAUUAUAUUGUUAAGCUCUACACGCGUUUAUUUAACGGAAGAUUUUAUAUUUUCACUAGUUCCGCAUUUUUUAUUUAUCUAUCUUAUUUUUACUUUUUUCAUUCACGGUGAUAUGAUUUUAUACUUUAAAGCAAAAAUAGUUCGACUCCACGGUUCGAUCUUCACGCCAUCAUCAUAACAUGUACUGUCAUAGAUAGAUACUAUCUAAAAUAAUAUUUCGAUACUUGAACAAACAGUGAACAAUAAAUUAGUUUAAUAAUGAUAUAAUAUAAAAUAGGUAGCGUAUAUAUAUUAUAUGUAGUACAUAUUAUAAUAUAUAGGUCAUUAUUUAUUACCGUCGUAAUUUUGUCAUCGUCGUUUCGAGAUCGAAUCGGAUUUUCGAUAAAUAUAAAAAAGCGAAUGAGAGGGAAAAAAAUAACAUCCCUCAAACGUAUAUAAUAUAGAAGAACGAGCCGACAUAAUAUUUUUAUUACAUAUAAUACUAUAUAUAUAUAUAUAUUAUUAUAUUGUUUAUUUAUUUAUUUUUAAAUUAUUAUUAUUAUCAAACACGUUUUUUGUGUAAAGCGUUUUUUUUUAUUUUUACUGUGAGACGUAAUAUAUAUAUGAUAUCGUGUGAAUGUACCUAUGAUGUAUGCAACAUAAUAUACUGCAGACACUGCGACACCGAUAACGGGAUUGGCACUGCACGCGGGUGUGGUUGUCAUCGGAUAUUCCUCUUGGGCUUCCAGCGGGUGAAAGAGAUAGUUUGCUAAAAGAAAAAAAAAAUUCCUAUAUUUUUCGACGUUAACCGUAUAAAAAAUUUCAAUAAUAAUGUAAUAGAAGAAUUGGAUAAAUUUGUUAGGGAAUUGUGUUGUUUUGUAUGAGAGAGUUAUUUGUUGAACAAAAGAAGUAUAUUAUAUAAUAAUUAGCUGAAUCUUACUAUUAUUAUUAUAAUUUACAAUGUUUUCACGUAUGUAUUGCCUUAGUUGUAUUUUAUUUUUAUUAUUAUUAUUAUUAUUUUUUUUUUUUUCAUUUUGACGACUGUGAUUUGUAUAGUUAAGUAGGCAAAUUUAAAAAUUAUUAUUAUAUAAAAAUUGUCUUUAAUGUUUAUUCAAUGCUAAUAUAAUAAAAUAUACUGUAUAGUUAUAAAAUAUGUAUAAUAUUAUUAUAAUAUGAUAUAUAAUAAAGAAUACAAUUUUUAGACCAUACACAAUA